AUGGAUGUAGUGUCUUUCGCUUUCAACGGUCCGGUCGAGUACGACCAGACCCGACCUCUAUACAUCGACGCUCGCGAUCCCUCGCGCAGUUUGAAUGCUUAUCAACUCAAGCAUCUCGUGCAGACCCUGGUGGCCGGAUUGAAACGCCAUGUCGAGCCCGGGGAUGCGGUCCUGGUUCACCUGGGCAACAGCUUUGCCCACUCAGCCCUAUUCUUCAGCAUCCUCGGAGCAGGGAAUGUCUACAUCGGCGCCGGACCCGACAGUCCACCGCUUGAACUGGACAACGUGCUCAAAGCAGGCGAGCCCAAGUUGAUCAUCACCACCAGCGCAACCCUCACAACCGUGCUCGAAGUCACCUCUGCGCGAGGCAUCUCAGCGAACCAAGUCUGCGUCUUCUCCGAAGAUACCAUCCUGACCUUCCUCCACAGCCCCGACACCCUGACCCAAGAGCCACCGAUUACCACCACAGACCCCCAACCCAUCCCCCUAACCACCCUCCUAACCCACGGCACUAGCCCCUGGACCUCCCUCACCGCAGCCCAAGCACCCAUCACGGCAGCCUCAAUGUUCUGCACCAGCGGAACAAGCGGACUCCCCAAAGCCGCCAUCCUAACGCACACCAACAUGAUCACCCACCACCUGAGCAGCCACUACACCUCCCCGCACCCAACAAGCCGACUGAUCACCAUCCCAAUGCACCACCUCUACGGCGCCGUGUGGACGCACAUCUUCCCGAUCCGCUACGGCUCGCCGGUCUACAUCCUGCCGCGCUUCGAGAUCCACGCUUUCUUGCAAGCCAUCCACACGCACCAGAUCACCAACACCUACCUCGUCCCGGCCAUGGUGCACAUCCUGAACCAAUCCCCCCUCCCCGUAAAACCUCACCUCGCCUCCCUCCGCUACUGUCUCGUCUCCGCCGCGCCCAUCGACGUCCCCGCCCUCGAGCACCUCCAAUCCCUACUCACCCACCCAUCCGCCAUCGUCACCCAGAACUGGGGCAUGACUGAAACAGGUCUCGUCUUCCUCUCCCCGGCCACGGAUAUCGUGCACGACAAAGCAAGCAUCGGCCGCAUGCGCGGGGAAGGGGUCGAGGUGCAGCUCGUGGAUCCCAAGGACCACAAGAUCAUCAUCACGGCGGACGAAACGGCGGGCGAGAUGUGGGUCCGCGGGCCGGGGAUCUUUCUAGGGUAUAAGAACCGGUCUGACACUGCGGGUAACGACAAGGAAGAAGGGGGCUGGUUCCGGACGGGGGAUAUGGUGUUUCGUAGACAGGGGCUGUACUAUCUGUUUGGGCGCGUGAAGGAGAUUAUCAAGGUUCGAGGGUACUCCGUGGCACCCGCGGAGAUCGAGGAUGUGCUGGUCCAGCACCCAGGUAUCAAAGACGCGGCUGUGCUCGGGGUGCAGGCGGGCGAUGGCAGCGGGACGGAAGUGCCGAGGGCGUUUGUGGUGAGGAAGGCAGAAGUAUCAACUAGGGUCACCGCUGAGGAUGUCUAUGACUUUGUGGCGGGGCGGCUGGCGAGGUAUAAGGCGCUGGACGGCGGGGUGGUGUUUGUGAGCGAGCUUCCCAGGACGGCGACGGGGAAGAUUCAGCGGGCUAAGUUGGGGCUGAUGAAUGCGCAGAGGGAGAAGAUUGCGAAGUUGCUGGCGGGGAGGAGGGGUGCUGUCGAGGUUGUUGGAUGA